UUGCCACGUUUCCAUCCUGCAGUCUACCAGUCUUCCGGCAGCCCUCAAGCACAGCCUUCUUCACCCCGCCUGCCUCGACAGCACGGGUAUCGCACGUCUUCUGGCUCCCGUGAUGGCAUGUGGCAGUAUCGAGACCUCGUGGAUGGGGCUGCCUUGCCCAAGUCUCCGGGAACUUUAUCGCCGGGCCCAUCCGCUCCGCGACUAGACCCUCUUCGCAGCCCUGGCCCGGUAACCCCGCUGGCGCUUGAAGAAGCAAGUGGCUACCUGGCCUCGGGCCCAUCUAGCUCUUCCGACUUCUCCUCUCGAGAACACUCUGGGCCGGCCCCAGAUAUGGUGGACAGGCUAAUUGCUCGGGAGACCGAGAGAAACCGACAGAAAGCCAUGAAGCCCCUCAAGGGCUUCUAA